AUGGAGAAACUAGUUGAGAUCUACCACGGAUACGCGCAGGUCAUUGGCCUGACUGCUUACAGAAUAGUCGGAGGCGAAUUGAAGAAAUCGAGGAUGACACAGGCAUAUGUCCUAGCAUGGAACAUUGCCACCGUCGUAAUUUUGGCUUGGAUGUGUUGGUGUGCGGCCAAAGAUAUGAAGACGGCGUCCUUGUUUCCGGAAAUGAUGUCUGCAAUUCCAAUAGUUGUCUGUUCGGUUAACUAUGCAGUCAUAGUGUAUAUUCUGCUAUCGCGCCCGUAUCGGGAUAGUAUGUUUUAUGAUUUGAUGGACAUUACCAAUCAGUUGAGCCGCAAAAUGGAGCUGGCUGGAAGGAAAACGAGCUCAAGACUAAAGAGACUGUUGUACAUAAAGUCGUUUAGCCUCACCUACCUUACGGUGGGUUCGUUCAUAUCACUUUUACUUAUAAAAGAAGGAUUUUUGGAAGUAACUUUAAUGGGUAUAGCCUACAGCAUCCUGAACGUCAGCAACUACUUUUACUUCACGUCCUUUUGGCAAAUCGUUAGAGGAUACGAUUUUGUGCAUAGAGAGAUGAAAAAUCUCACGGUCUCAAGAUCUGGAGGUCAUGUUAAGAAUUUCGAGGAGAGACUACGAGAUCUGUGGGCCCUUCAUUGGACUCUCAGUCUAAUGGCCAGCAGAAUAAGUCGAGUCUAUGGAGUCCAGAUGAUCGUCUCGCGCACUGAAUACGUUCUGUUCUCUGUUGUAUAUGGCUACGUGGGUAUAAUUAGCAUGUUCCAUGGAAUGAGUCUGCUCAUACUUCAUGUGGGCCUAAUAUACUUCGUUCGGGCUCUGGACUUCUUCCUGAUCGAUGUCAUAUGCGACCUGACCGCGCGGUAUCAGAACCAUCCGAAGCACGAACUUGUCGAAGGAAAAAUCAACCAGAAGGCGGUAGAGUACCUAAGGCACUUGAUAUUGUUCCAAAGUAAAUGUUUUAUUUGCAGCUAA